GCGUUUUCUAUUGGGGCUGUUGCAACAACAGUAUUUGCUGAUUAAUUUGCAUGUCCUGCUUUAUAAAAUAUAAAUAAUGAGCCGUUCGGGUUAUUAAGAAAAGGAAAAGAAGCAGCCCAUCAAGAUGGGCUUUGUUUAAUUUUGAUUUUGGAUAUAUGGGGUUUUUAUUUGGAAAAUGGUUUCAAAUAUUGCAAUUCAAGUAUUGAAAAAACUUUACUUGAAUAUUAUAUUGUUAAAAAAAAUUUCAAGCUAAAAAAAAUAGUGCCGGUUAUCUUGACGGUCCAUCUUGCCUUAAAAAUAAGUGUUCAAAGAUCUUUGUAAUCUUUAUUUUUUUUUUUUUUUCCUUUUUUGAUCUUGAAAAUUGAUUUUAAAACCAUGAAAAUUUAUGUCAAAAAUACUUUCCGGAAGAGGAUUCUUGAUGAGGCUUUAUUUUGUUUCCAUGAAGCCUAGGCAUUAUAGAACUUCCUCGUUGUCCUUUUUCAAUGUGGAUUACGAACAUCAGACUUUUUUCUGGUUCGAAGCCCUUCGGUGGGUUCAUUCGUCUCAAGGAAGCCGCGGUUUAGAAAGAGAGUUUUGUGUUUUUCUUUUGUAAUAACCUCCUGAUAAUUGAUAGAGAGAGAAUCAGAUGUUUCUAUGCUUGUUGCUUUUCUCUAUCAUAGUUCAUGUUUCAUUGAGCUUGGAAGUCUCUCUCUCCCAUUUCCACACUGUUGGCAGUGAAUUGGGUGCUGAAGUUUUUGUUUCAGGAGACUGGAUAGCGGCUAUAAUUCACCUGGGGUGGUUUCUUAUUGGAUGGGGAGUCCUUCCGUCGAUCUUGAACAAGAUUUACCCCAUUCAUAUGGUGCAAAGGUUCAUGGCUUAAUAUGUAGAGAACUUGCAAUGUUGGUUGACAGAAUCACAAUGAUAUUUCCAGAUAUAGAAAUGGCUAGACCAAGAUGCAUGUCUGGAAUACAAGCACUAUGUUCUCUAAAUAAUGCAAUUGAAAAGGCUAAGUUACUUCUACAACAUUGUGCUGAGUCUAGCAAGCUAUACUUGGCAAUGACAGGAGAAUCAAUUGUGAAGAGGAGUGAAAGAAUACAAAACGCACUAGAUCAAAGUUUAAGCCAGAUCCAGAAUAUGGUUCCACAACUUCUAGCCAAACAGAUUGCAGAGGUUGUGAAAGAUCUGAGAGUGUCAAAGUUUAGAUUGGAAUCAUCAGAAGAGGAGGCUGGCAAGGCUGUAAUGGCAUUGCUGCGAAGUGACAGUAGUGCAAGUGAUUGGACCAAAAAUGCAGAAUUCAAGGCAUUCCGUAGUAUUGCUCUAUGGUUGCAUAUUGUAUCUCCAAAGGCUGUUUUGAUUGAGAGGAGGUCCCUGAAGAAGCUGCUCGAUAAAUUCCAUGACAGUGACCAGAGGAAGGAAAGCAUUAUAGCUUACCUUCUAAACCUCUUGAAGAGAUACGGGAAACUUCUCAGUUACGAGGAUAUUGAAAAUGUUGAGGAUAGCAAUAAUGCUUCCACCUUGACCAUUUCCACUGGUCACAGGGAGAGAGAAAAUGUUCAAGUUGGCAAGAAAGGUCCACCUACGACAACAUUCUGUAGUUGUGAGGAAAGAGAAAAUGUUAAAGAUGAGCAUAAUGCUUCACCUUCGACCAGUGUCACCGAUUGUAAUAGUGGCCUAUGUCAAAUCUCUGAUGAAACGAAUUUGGAGAAACCAAAUCGCAAUUUGGUUUUUGAAGAAACUCCUGUGGAUUCACCUGGUUCACCUAUUCCUCCUGAAGAAUUCAGGUGCCCAAUCUCUCUUCAGCUCAUGUAUGAACCUGUGGUAAUUGCUUCCGGACAAACAUAUGAGAGGAUAUGGAUACAGAGAUGGUUUGAUGAGGGCCAUGACACAUGUCCAAAGACACAAAGGACACUAACUCAUCUUUCCAUGACCCCGAACGCCACCUUGGAGGAACUGAUCUCAAAGUGGUGUAGAGAGCAUGGGGUCACCAUUCAGGAUCCAUGUGCACAACCCGUUCCAUCAGCUCUAGGCACAUUCACAACAUCAAAUCCCAUUUCCACCUCUAGUUCUGAUCAUUCUUUGAAUGGUGGUCAUACGCAUGUAUCAGAUAGGAUGCCAUCACCAUCAUCAUUAUAUGCCACCCAUAGUCACAUCUCCAGUUUAAACAGUUCUUUUCAUGAUGCUUAUGUAUCAGAUAACAUCCGAUUAUCAUCAUACAAUACUCACAGUCACACAUCUGCUUUAAAUAGUUAUUUGGAUUGUGUUCCUACCAAUGUAUUGGAUAGCAUACCAUCAUCAUCAUCAUCCACCACCCAUAGUCACAUAGGCAACACAUGGGUAAGCUCUUCGGAUGGUAGCUCCUGUUUGGAUACAUUCCCCUGUGAGAUAUUGAAGAAUUGCUACAGCGGGAGUAUGAAUUUUUCAUGGAAUAGUAGUUUUUCAACAACAGAAUCUUCUUCUUUGAAAUGGAGUCCGAGCCCUGAAAUUUAUGUAGAGCUUCAUGCUAGGCUCACCUCAACACCCCUAGACUCCCAAUGCAAAGCAGCAGAAGAUGUUAACCUUUUAUUAAAAGAGCAUGGUGAAACCCACCAUUAUAUGUUGUCUAAUGGUUUUGUACCAGCCUUGAUGGGUUUUCUCAGGGAUGCUCGAGAUUUAUCUGAUGUAAAAGGACAGAGAGCGGGAGCAGUGGCACUUUGGGCCUUUGUGAGAAACAGCAGAAGCCAAACUAUGUGUCCAUUCGAAGAUGGAUGUCACCUUCUGGUGUCAUCUAUUGAUUCUGGGAUUGCUGAUGAGAUUUUAGCUAUUUUGGAAGUUUUGUCUGGCCAUGAUUGCUGUAAGCCCAAAAUAUUAUCUUCAGGCGCCAUUUCUUCUCUUGCAAAGGUUCUCAAAGACCAAGUUGGGAAAUAUCGGGUUCAUGCUGUCAAAAUAUUGCAUAAUUUAUCAUCUCUUCGAGACAUGAAUUCCUUGGUUAUCUCAUCGGGAUGCAUUCCCAUGCUUACCCCACUUUUAUCUAAUACCAAACUUUCAAGAGAUUGCAUUAGGAUCCUGCAAAAGCUCUCCAAUACAGAAGAGGGCAGAGCUGAACUUGUUGGGACUGAUGGAUGUAUUUUCUCUGUUGUGGAGUUUCUUGAUCAUUGCUCUCUUGAAGAGCAAGAGAAUGCAGUGGAUCUUCUUCUCUCACUCUGCACACACAGUUAUGAUCAUUGCCAAUCAGUUAUGAGAGAAGGGGUUAUCCCAUGUCUCGUCAAUAUUUCUGUUAAUGGGAACUCAAGGGGGAGAGAGAAAGCCAUGAAACUACUACAUUAUUUGAGGGAUAUUAGAGAGAGGAUAUAUCCAGGGGGUUCACCCCCUCAUGUUCAAUUUGAUGGGGGUGUGACUUUGAAACAGGAAAAUUGCCAUGAAGAAAAGAAGCCUGCUUCGAAAAAGUCGGGAAUUUUCCGUAGGAAAAUGAAUCUAAUUACCAAGCCUAGAAUGUUAGCCCUGUUUUGAGUGGAUGCUAAAAGUGUUUGAGGUUACUAAUCUGUGCAUAAAUUGUGCAGGCUGAUUGCAUUUUGUGUUAAAGGAGAGUAUUGGUGAGCAUUUUGUUGUGGCACGAGUCAUUGUAAAAUUGAUGUAUUAUUUUGUGAUGCGCGCCUGUGUAUAUAUGAUCGCUUGUAUGUGUGAGCGCCAACUUGCUAUUCUCAAGUUGCUUAUAUGACUGUUGUUUGAAAUUUUGUAUUCAUAUCUUGAACUA